AUGGAGAACGUGAUUUCGCAGCCAAACGUUCCAGGUGAUGAAGUGGUGAUUCGGAAGUCUGUAAGCUACCAUCCCACCGUUUGGGGUGAUUACUUUAUCUUACAGGCCCAGUCCUCCCCCAGUACACAGGAGUGCGAUGAAAGGAUGCAAGAGAGAGCUGCAGAACUGAUGGAGCAGGUAAGAAGCAUGUUCAAGGACACUACCGACAUCUUGCAAACUAUGGACUUGGUCGAUUCAAUCCAGCUUCUCGGAUUGAGUUAUCACUUCGAGAAAGAAAUAAGUGAAGCAUUAAACCGAGUCCAUGAUGCCGAUUUUAACGAUCAUGGUCUCUACAAUACUGCUCUCCGGUUUCGCCUGCUGAGACAACAAGGGUAUCAUGUGACCCCUGAUGUUUUUAACAAGUUCAAAGAUGAGGGAGGGAGUUUCAUGUCUACCUUGGGGAGUGAUGUGAAAGGACUGUUAAGCUUGUACAACGCAGCCUAUCUUGGGACUCAUGGGGAGAUCAUUCUUGAUGAAGCCAUCUCUUUUACGAGGAAUUACCUAGUGUCUGCAUUAGCUGAUCUUAAACCACCAUUAACAACGCAAGUGUCUCUUGACCUCGAGACACCUCUCUGUAGAAGAAUGAGAAGGCUCUUGGCAAGAGAUUACAUCUCUAUAUACCAAGAGGAUGCUACACGAGUUGAUGCCAUCCUGGAGCUUGCAAAGUUGGACUUCAAUUUGCUGCAAUCUCUUCAUCGCGAGGAACUUAAGAACAUUACCAAGUGGUGGAAUGAUUUAGUCUCCUCAAAAAAUCUCAGUUUUGCUCGAGAUAGAUUGGUGGAAUGCUAUUUCUGGAUCCUGGGAAUAUACUUUGAACCCGAUUAUUCUCGUGCACGAGUGAUAACGACCAAGGUGAUUGCCCUUGUUUCAAUUCUGGACGACAUAUAUGAUGUCUAUAGCACAUUGGAGGAGAGUCAACGACUAACUGAGGAAAUUCAAAGCCCUGGGAAGCUCAAGCCAAUAUUAUCUAUGGAAAACAGAAAUCUUUGCUUAACAGUAGUUCAAAGCAAUUUGCAAGUUGCUGAUGAUGAGCUGAUGGUUCGCAAGUCUGUAAGCUAUCGUCCGAGGGUUGGGGCCGACUACUUUAUCCAACAUGGCCAGUCCGUCACUCCAACAUCGGAGUGUGAUACAAGGAUAAAAGAGAGAGCUGCGGAACUGAUGGAGCAGACAAGAAGCAUGUCCAAGGAUCCUACUGACAUCUUGCAAACUAUGAAUUUGGUCGAUUCAAUCCAGCUUCUUGUAUUGGAUUAUCACUUCGAGAAGGAAAUAAGAAAGCUACCUGCUCUAUGGUUGGAGGUAGCUAUUAGGUGGGGUCCAACUGUAAGGCCAUUGUUAUCUCUGUUGCAGAGGCGUUGCGAAAUGGAGGGUGCGAAAGUCGGUGGUGGAGAUUAG